AUUGUCCCAUCUGGGUGCUAUGCGUGGUGUCUGUGUGGCAGCGAAUGCUGACCCGUGUGGGAGCAAGUCUGUGAAGCUGGCGGGUUCAUGGGCAGUGCCCGUAACCAAUGCGUUCAACCCGUGUGGGCAGUUCAAGUGCUCCAAGGCCGGAGCAUCCAACCGCUGUGCCUGUGCUGCUCCCCACUUCGUCCAGGCCUCCCACCCCGACGGCUCCAACACCUGCGCCUAUGUGGACGCCUGUGGUCUGGCAGGCAGCAACCCGUGUGUGGUGGGCACGUGUGUGAACGAUGGCAAGGGCAGCUACUCCUGUGUGUGUCCCCCAGGAUUCGUUCAAGGCACCACCGCCAAGGGAACCCUCUCCUGUGCUCCAGGUGACAACAAAGGGAGCUACACAGUGCGUGGUAGCAGUGUGUGGUGCUCUCACUUGCUGCCCGUGCUUGGCCUCACUCUGGACGAACUCAAGCAGAAGAACAAGAAGCUCUCCUGCUCCAAGCCCAUCCCAGUGGGCUUCAAGCUGAAUGUUGCACCGCCUCAACUUCUUCCCAAGUGCUCGCUCGUCUACACCACCCACCUUGGCGACAGCUGUGCAUCGAUAGCCGCGCUGUUUGGUCUGAGCGAGGGGUGCCCUGUGGAGGGCGAGGCAUGUGAGGAGGCGUUGGUGGGGCUCAACCCUGGGCUGGACUGUGCAGCACUCGUGGGCAGGUUGGCCGUGUGUGUGGAGUGGGAGGAGAGCAAGGCGGGGAUGGUGGCAGUGUGUGACCAGCAGUAUGAAAUGGAGGGCAGUGAUGGCUGCGAUGCUGCAAGAAUAGCCGUGAAUCCGCCUUUGAGCCCUCUAGAGUUUUAUCGCCUCAACCCAGGCAUCAACUGCAACAACCGCCUGCCGACUGCUACCUUUGAGGCCUUCUCACAGCGCAAGGUUGGCCAUUUUGUGUCGUCAUUUGGACAUGAUGCAGCUUCAGAUUGCGAACGCUGUUUUCGUUUCAUCCUUCUAAAUACCCCUUGA